CCUCGGUCAAUCCAUCACAACUUGACUCGUCCUAGCACCCACCUGACCUACCCUCGGACGUCCACACUCACCAGCUAUUUGUUUCACUCAAUAUUCACAACUGAACAAUGACAAUCCACCAAGACCAAUGUCCUCUUCCAUCUCCUCACCCUCAAGACGAAAAAUCCUUGGUUCGUCAACAGGUCUGGACUUCCUUGAGGUCCGUCGCCUUGCCCGAUUCGCGUCACCAUUAUGAUUUUUCGAGCUUCAUCCCGGACUUUUGGGGUUCCGACGAAGCCGUCACCAGACUUGUCGACCUCGAGAUUUACAGGUCCAGCAAGGUUCUUUUCAUCACCCCGGACAAUUGUUUGGAAGGUCUACGGCUACGGGCGUUGAAGGACAAAAAGACAAUCUUGAUGACCACGUAUGGCAUACGUCGUGGGUUUUGGAUUUUGGAUCCUACCGAGAUUCCUCGAGACUCGUACCUUUUGGCAUCGACUUUGGACGGCAUGGAGAGGUUCGGUAGACGUGUCGGAUUGUCGGAAAUGGCCGGUGCACUAAACCCGCACGCCAGUCGAUCACACAGUGACGGCAACGACGGCAACGGCGACGCCCAGGGUGAGACGGUGGUUUUGCCUCUUCUCGUGACAGGGACAGGGGCGAUCAACACCUUUGGUGUUCGGUUCGGCAAAGGUCACGGUUUUUUCGACUUGGAAUGGUCGAUACUUUUCAGUCUCGGACUCGUCGACCCCUUGACGAGUGUGACGGUCGCAGUCGUACACGACUGUCAAGUUUUGGAAGAUCAAGAAUUGACACCGGAGGAAUUCGACACGGUUUGUGACUUGGUCAUCACACCUACGAGGGUCAUUGUCGUCGACCAUCAUGUCCAACAGGAUGGAACGAAUCCAGAACGGUCACGCACAAAGACACAGUCGAAGACCAUGGUACAAAAACCUACGUGUGGGAUUCUGUGGGAUAAAUUACAACCUGGUAUGUUGGAUGACAUACCACCUCUACAAGAAUUGAAGAGUAUGAUGUUGGAUAAAUCAUAGAAUACAACAAUACACAGAGAGGAC